AUGGGACUCGCCAAAGGGAUCGUGGGCUUCCCUCGCCUGCUUCUGGCAGGGAAUCCCACCAAGGUCGACAUCCUCAUGCUUUUGGGAGGCAUGAUCUGUGCCAUAGCAUCUGGUGUUCCAUUUCCCUUGAUCGGAGUGGUAUUCGGUGAGCUUCUCAACGACUUCAACGACGUCACAUGCGACGAAGCCAGCGACGCAUCGACCUCCGAGUCCGACGCCGCCUACCAGAGCAGCAUCAACAGCAAGAUCCUGCUGAUCUUCUACCUGGCCAUCGCCCAGUUCGUCCUCAUCUACGGCCACCUGCUAUGCUGGAGCCUUACCGGAGCCCGGCUCGCCCAGAGGCUGCGGGAGAGGUACCUGCAGAACCUCCUCCGCCAGGAGCCGUCCUACUUCGACAAGCUGCCCACGGGCGAGGUGGCCUCCCGCCUGAGCAGCGACAUCUCCACCAUCCGCUCGGGCACGUCUGAGAAGGUCGGGAUAUGCCUCGCCAGCUUCUCCUUCUUCGUCACCGCCUACAUCGUGGCCUUCAUCAAGAACUGGGAGCUCGCCGCCAUGCUGCUCUCGCUCAUCCCGGCGUACUUCAUCAUGUCCUUUGUCGGGAGCUACUACAUCGAGAAGUACUCCGGCCUCAUGUCCGACUACGCCGCCACCGCCUCGUCCAUCGCGUCCGAGGCGCUGUCGAACACCGUCGUGGUGCAGGCGUUUGGGGCGAACAAGCGGCUCGAGGCAAAGUUCUCUGGCGCCCUCAAGUCUUCGGAGCGUGAGGGCCUGAAGAAGGCGACUGCGGUGGGGAUUCAGUCCGGAGUUCUGUACUUUGUGGCAUAUUCGGCCAAUGGUCUUGCUUUCUGGCAAGGGGCUCAGCGUAUUGCGGACUCUGUGGGCAGCGGCACAGGAGGAACUACGGUUGGCGCUACGUUCACGGUGAUUUUCAUUCUGGUCGAAGCUACACUGCUUCUCAGUCAAGUGGCACCGUUCAUUCACCUGUUCACGGCUGCAGUCGCCUCUUAUGAGAAAUUGCGCGAGGACAUUGAUCGUGAGCCCUCAUUUGACGGAACAACAGAUUCGGGCACUCGCCUCGAACAGUCCGAGGGUAGCUUCGAGCUCCGCGAUGUCUCCUUCGCGUAUCCCUCCAGGCCAGAGGUCACUGUGCUGGACCAUGUCAGCAUCCGUAUCCCGGCAAAGAAACACACGGCGAUCAUCGGUCUCUCCGGGAGCGGGAAAUCGACAAUCGCCGGGUUAGCAAUGAGGCUGUACGACCCUGACGAGGGACAAGUCCUGUUCGACGACCAUGACCUCCACGAUAUCAACACCCGUGACCUCAGAAGCUUCGUCAGUCUGGUACAGCAAGAGCCGAACCUACUUGACCGGACCAUCCUCGAGAACAUCGCACACGGUCUCAUCAACUCCAGCAACCCGAAGCACGCACAUCUCAAGGCGACGCUUAUGAGUUCCGAUCUUUCCGACGUCGCAACUGAGGCGAGGGAUGGCCAGGACCUCAUGGCUGCCGCUGAGAAACGGGGCGCAGAAGUCGUCGAGAUUUUCAACCUGGUCAGGCAUGCCGCUACUCUAGCAGACGCGAGCUCUUUCAUCGAGGGUCUACAGUAUGGCUAUGCCACGCUCGUGGGCUCGAUGGGACGUCUGGUCAGCGGCGGCCAGAAGCAGCGAGUUGCGGUGGCGAGAGCACUUGUCAAGGAGCCCGCUAUUCUCAUUUUGGAUGAGGCUACUGCAGCACUGGACUCGAGAAGUGAGCAGCGGAUCAUGAAGGCCAUCGACAACAUCGCCAGCGGCAGGACGGUCCUCACGAUUGCGCAUCGCCUGUCGACCAUUACUAACGCGGAUAACAUCAUUGUUAUGCACAAGGGGCAUGUAGUGGAGGAAGGAAACCAUUCUGCGCUGAUGGCCAAGAAAGGAACGUACGCCGAACUGGUCGGUAUGCAGACCUUGGGCACGGCGUCCACGAAGAAUGGCACGACCGGGAGUGAUGCACCCGCAGGCAAAGAUGAUCACAUUUCCCUAACCGAGACUCUGAUCGAGAACGACGGCCCAGCCGGUAACGACAACGAGAGCACCAAGGAGAAACCAGCCCCUGACUCCCCCAGCGAAGGAGAAGAGGACGAGCCAGAGACACCAUCCAAAUCCCUCUGGGCCCUAUGCAAGGGCUACGCGCCAGCCCUGCGGCCGCACCUGCUCGUCCUCCUCGUCGCGCUCCUCGGGUCCAUCGUCGUGGGCGGCGCCUUCUCGGGCGAGGCCGUCAUCUUCGGCAACACGGUCGGCAGCCUGAACAUCUGCAAGAGCGCGUCCAGCAUCCGGGACGCGGGCGACUUCUUCGGGCUCAUGUUCUUCGUGCUCGCCAUCAUCGAGUUCUUCGCCAACGUCAUGAGCUGGUCCGGCUUCGGCUGGGUCUCGGAGCACAUCGUCUACAGGGUGCGCGUGCUGUCGUUCCGCUCGCUCUUCGAGCAGGACAUGCAGUGGCACCAGUCCAACGGCCGCACGCCGGCGCUGCUUCUCUCGUAUAUCACACGGGAUGGUAAUGCGCUGGCUGGGUUGAGCGGCUCCGUCCUGGGAACCAUGAUCUCGAUCACUGUCAACCUCGUUGCUGCUAUUAUUCUGACGCACAUAAUUGCCUGGAAGAUCGCUUUGGUGUGUCUGUCUCUGGUACCGCUUCUCCUUGGUGCUGGCAUGAUGGAACUCCACGUCCUCGGCCAGUUCGAGGAGAAACACGAGACAGCCUACACCAAGUCUGUCGACAUCGGCACCGAGGCAAUCACGAACAUCAAAACAGUUGCCUCUCUGUCACUGGAAGAGGAAAUCCUCAGCGACUACCGACGUUCCCUCAAGGGCCCCCGCCAGGAAACCCUCAAGGUCACCCUGCAGGCCAGUCUCUGCCAGGCCAUCACAUACUUCCUCGGCAACUGCGUCAACGCGCUGGCCUACUGGUGGGGCGCCAAGCAGAUCAUCGCGGGCAACUACACCCAGACGCAGUUCCUGAUCGUGGUCUUCUCCCUGCUCGUCAGCGCCCUGCUCUUCAGCCAGAUAUUCGCGCUGGCGCCGGAGCUGUCCAGUGCGCGCAACGCGGCGGCGAGGAUCCUGGGGCUCAUCGAGAUCGGCUCGGAGGGCAUUAAAGGCCGGAUCAAGGAUGCUGCCCAGGAAGCGGGACCCGCGGGUGAGAAAGACGUCGAGGCGGGCGGCGAGAAGCUCGCCUCGUCGCCUACGCGUUCCCACCAGGCCGCGAGCGUGCAGUUCCGCGACGUCCACUUCGCCUACCCCGCCCGGCCCGACUUCAAGGUCCUGAGCGGUCUGACAAUGGACAUCCGCCCCGGCCAGUUCUGCGCGCUCGUCGGCCCCAGCGGCGCGGGCAAGUCGACCAUCAUCCAACUCGUAGAACGCCUCUACACGCCCUCCUCAGGCGCGAUCCUCGUCAACGGCACAGACGUGACAAAAGCCCGCGACGUGUCCUUCAGGGAGGACAUCGCCCUCGUGCCGCAGGAGAGCGUCCUCUUCGAGGGCAGCAUCAAGUUCAACAUCGGGCUGGGCGCGCGGCCCGGCCGGGAGGCGAGCCAGGCGGACAUCGAGGAGGCGUGCAGGCUCGCCAACAUCCACGACGUGAUCGCCGCGCUGCCGGAGGGCUACGACACCCUCUGCGGGCCCAACGGGGGCCAGUUCUCGGGCGGGCAGCGGCAGCGGCUGUCGAUCGCGCGGGCGCUCGUGCGCAAGCCGAGCCUGCUCAUCCUCGACGAGCCGACGAGCGCGCUGGAUGCUGAGUCGGAGAGGUUGUUGCAGGAGGGGCUGGAGAGGGCCGCGCGGGGGGUUACUGUUGUUGCUAUUGCGCAUCGGCUGCACACCAUCCGCAAGGCGAACCGGAUUUUCUUGAUUGAGGCUGGGCGGUGUGUUGAUGCCGGGUCUCAUGAGGAGUUGCUGGAGAGGUCGGCGAGUUACCGGGCUAAUGUGAUGCACCAGACCGUGGCUGAGUAG